UAGUAAUCGAAGCCUGCUUGAGAAGAUUAUUGCAGUAUUUUUCAAUGGCUUUGUCACCUGGAGAUCCGCACUCUUAUGCAAGACCAGAAUUGGCACGUGUAACUCAUACUCAUUUAGAAUUGAAUGUGGACUUUGGUCUAAAAGUUCUUCAAGGAAAAGCGAUCUUGGACAUUGAAUGGGAACCUUCAAGUAACGAAAUAAUUUUAGAUAGCUACGGACUUGUCGUAUCAAGUGUCACAGAUACACUUACUCAAAUUAAUUUAGAACAUCAAGUUGGACAUUGUGGCACACUUGGAAGUAAAUUUGCUAUUCAGUUACUACAAAAUGUAAACUAUUGUAAUAACCGAUGUAGGAUUCAAAUUGAAUAUAAAACAAGACCAAGCUCUCCUGCAUUAUAUUGGCUAACACCUGAGCAAACUGCCAAUGGCAAUUAUUCCUUUUUACUGUCUAACAACAAGCUAACAUACGCUAGAGCAUGGUUUCCAUGCCAGGAUACACCAUCUAUCAAAACUACGUACUCUGCUAUGGUUACAAUUUUUGGCAAUUUUGGUCCGCUGGAACGCUUAUUACCAACCAGUUUGAUCGGUUUGUCGCCCGAUGAGGGCACUAGAUUUGUACCUUAUGAAAAAGGAUAUAUGUUCCUGAUUGAACUACAAAAUAUCUUGGAUAAACAAUUUUAUGGAAAUUUUAGAGCAUUUUUAAAAUUUUAUUUGACUAAAUUCUCGCAAAAAAGUAUAAAUACUAAUGACUGGAAGUCAUAUUUGUAUAGCUAUUUUCCUAAAAGAUUACUUGAGUUAAACUCUAUUGACUGGAACUUUUGGUUCGAUGAUCCAAACAAUUACCCGCCAAGAUUGUUUGAUACAGCAAACACCAAACUGGAGACAGUGUGUAUCUCCUUAGCGGAACGAUGGAUCAAUUGGGAUGAUGCUGCUGAUUUGCAAUCAACGUUUGGCAGCACUGAUAUAAAAUAUUUCUGUCAUCGUCAGAAAGUAUAUUUUUUAUACUACCUACAUGCAUCGCAUACGAUUUUGUCGGUAAAGAAGAUAGAGUCUAUGGCACAAUUGUAUCAAUUCAAUUAUCAGAAUGAUGAAAUACGAUUUAUUUGGCUGCGCUUGUGCAUCAAAAGUCGAUGGAGAAUAAUGGUUCCAGCCGCUUUAAUUUUUGCUAUUAAAUUUUGUUCGCCAAAGUUUACUUAUCCUAUAUUUCAAGAUUUAUACAAAUGGUCGGAU